AUGGGUCUAUUAGAGAUAAUCCGCUCCGAAAGCACCAAAUCUCGCGAGGACAGCUCUGAUGACGCCGUUCUCGACCCUUCAUUCGCCAACGCCCUCCGCUUCACCGCUUCCACACAUGACCCUUUGAACCGGAACAUGACGCAAAUCGAGGACGGUCUCUCGUACAAAAUCAAAUCCAAAUCAAUUGUGCCGUUCUUUGGGUCGGACAUCACUACUAUCUCUCGUAAUGAUGGGGAACGGGAAAUAGAGAUCGCAAAGAUCGAUUGGCGCCAUUAUGAAGAUGACCGAUCGGAGAUACGGUAUGCAAAGACGGGGGAGAUGAUGAAGCUGUGGGAAUAUCUGAAGGGUACCAGGACGUUACAGUUCGAACUUCCGACUAAACGGACCUUUCGAGUUGAAGAUAAAGAGUACACCUGGACUUGGGCGCACAGUCCCGGCGGGAGUUACUUCGAGCUCGUCGACACCCACGACACCAAACUCGCCCGCGAUACACGUGAGAAAGGUGGCUUUCUUAUCCCUUACACCAGAUCAGGAGACCUCCUCAUCAAUCCCGAGGCGCUUGACAUACUCGAUGAGAUCAUCGUUACGCAUACAGCUUUGGCGCAGAUCGAGAGAAUGAGGAACGCAGCUCGUCGGGAUGCCGGGGCGGCGGCGGUCAAUCAAACGCUCAAAUUCUAA